ACCUAGGCAACGCUAUUUUACUCAUAAAGCCUGCAGAUGUCACUUUGGAGAUCGUGAAAGAUCGCCGCACCUCACUGAAGUGAUCAAGAGUCUCCACACCGCAGUAAACAUCGACAUCCAGAGUUUCAAAAGCGCCAACAUCCAUGGAAAUUACAACUUCUGAGAAAGGCGAAUCCAGCCGCGCCAAUUACCCGGAGCCGAUACGUGAGUUCACCGAGGAGGAACGGAACAACAUAAAGAAGCAGGUAACGAUUUAUGCGGGGGAAGCCGGAAAGCUAAAAGAAGAAGCCCAACGUGGAAGCACUAGCUGCAUCUACAGAGUCCUCCCGCAGCUCAAGGAAAGCAAUGGUGACUCGUUAUACGAACCCAACAAGGUCUCCAUCGGGCCCUACUACUACAAACUUCGUAAUGAAAAGUUCAAGAUGGCCGAAGAUUGCAAGAAGAAGUGCUUCGGCUCCUUGCUGGUCAAGACGACAGAUCAAGACAUGCAAAUCAAUACCUAUAUGAGCUGCUUGCAAAGAAUAAGCAAACUUGAAGAGAAGAUCAGAAAGUGUUAUUCUGAAGAGUUAGAAGUCGCCGGUAUUGAAUUUCUCCAAAUGAUGGUAGUUGAUGCUUGUUUUAUAAUUGAAAUCAUUGAAAUAUUUAGAUUCAUGAAUAUAGAUGUUAAAUACAGAGAAUCUCAUCUUGGAGCCUUGGCGUGGAUGGUACCGUAUUUCUACAGGGACUUUCUCCUGCUUGAGAAUCAGAUCCCUUUUUUCGUUCUGGAAGAGAUAUAUGCGCUUAUCCAUAAUAUUCCUGUCGAGGAAAGUACAAUCCCGCUGCGGCUUGAUGCUUUGCGCUUCUUUAAGAACGGAAUGAAAGGAUACUUUUUCAUUAGAAGGGAGAUCCGUGCAAUGGAUGGGGUCCCGGUCUCGCAUUUGCUGGACUUAGUUCGGAGGAGUUUAAUACCAUUCAAUAUCGGACCGCGAAGAGUAGGCUUUGUCCGGUCUCCAUUCAUUCACUGCAUCUCGAAGCUGCAGCUGGCGGGGAUUAAGGUCAGUCCGGUCAGGGCGGACAGCUUCCGAGAAGUGAAAUUCAAGAAAGGUGUGCUUGAGAUGCCAAACAUAGCCGUCGACGACUUGACGAGAUGUCUGUUGCUGAACUGUGUGGCAUUCGAGCAGUGCCAACAGAGAAGCGGCGGGUCCUUUUCAGUUUACGCUACCUUUUUGCACGGCCUUGUGAACACCAAGGAGGACAUCGAGUACCUUAGCGAGCGCAAAGUCAUUGACAAUUACCUUACUGACGACUCCGAGCUUGCGGGCUUCAUUAACCGUGCGGGUAAGGAUUUGGUACUCGAUUAUUACGACGGCGUGUAUGUGAUGGGGGAAUUGUUCAUGGAUGUGGACAGGCAUUAUCGGAAUAGGUGGAAGUGGAAGUGGGCGAGCUUUGAGCGGGAGUAUAUUGACAAGCCGUGGUUGCUUCUGUCGGCAGUGGGUGGCAUUUUGCUAGUAGUGGCUACGUCAGUCCAGGCCGUAAUGGCCAUCUUAAAUUUCAAGUAUAAAAAUUGCUAGCCUAGCUACCAAUUAGGUAAUUAAUUGGGUUAUAAUUAUUUAAUUCUCUCGAUUAUUAUGAUCACUCGAUAUCAUGGUUUUAAUCAGAAAGUUUGAUCAGUCGCUACUUUUAGCGAUAUGAUGAUA